ACUACACUUUCACUUCUUAUCCUCAAAAAAAUGUCUGCCUCCUCCUCUACAUUGGUGCCUCCGCUGAUGAUGAGAGAGGAAGAAGAGCCGAGAAACUGGACGGAGCUUCCGUCGGAGGUUACGUCUUUGAUCCUGCUCCGACUUGGUGCAGUUGAGAUACUUGAAAACGCUCAGAAGGUGUGCAAACCGUGGCGACACAUCUCUAAGGACCCUUCUAUGUGGCGAAAAAUCGACAUGCGAGACCUGGGAAACCGAAGAUUGAAGGAUUUGGAUUUCGAUACCUUGUGCCGUCACGCUGUUGAUCUCAGCCAGGGCGGCUUGCUCGAGAUCAACCUUGACUUCUUCUCGUCCGAUUCUCUCCUUGCUUACAUCGCCGAUAGAUCAAGGAAUCUGAGAAGUCUUGGAAUUCAAAUGUUCUUCACAGCUAUGACGAACGGAGGACUUGUAAACGCAAUCGCAAGACUUCCAUUGCUUGAAACCCUCGAGGUCUCACACACAUGUUUAAGACUGGACCUGAAAGCUAUAGGCCACGCUUGCCCACAGCUAAAGACAUUGAAGCUAAACUCCUCAGGGUCAGUGUAUGAUGGGUUAGAUGAGUUAGGUUAUACCUUUCUCCUCAAAUAUGAUGAUGAUUAUGCCCUAGCAAUCGCUGAAAGCAUGCCUGAACUACGCCACCUCCAGCUUCUUGGUGACAGAUUAACUGACACUGGCUUGAACGCCAUUCUUGACGGUUGUCCUCACCUGGAACACCUUGAUUUACGCAAGUGUUACAACAUUAACCUUGUCGGAAAUCUUGAGAAACAAUGUUUGGAGAGGAUGAAAGAGUUCAAAGGCCCGGACGACUCAACCGCUGAUUACCCAUAUGAUAUCACUUUUGUCAAUUCUGACACUGACUCAUAUUAUGACUACUACUAUGAGAGUGGUAGCGACAUCGAGGUCAACUACGACGGAGCAGGUACUUGGGACUAGGUAUUGAAUCUCUCUAAAAACAAUUUGCUUUUGUUGGUCUUGUCAACUUAUGAAGUCGUUCAUGUCUCCUCUUUUCUCUAUGUUGGUACUUGGUAAUUUCAAAGACCUUAUUUCCUUUAAACUUCUAAGCUUUGAGUGCGUGACUGUAAGUUGCAACAACGAUUGGAUGGUUUUUUUUUAAGUGGA